ACUUGUGGACAAACAUACAGUGUUACCAUGGUGUCAUAUGAUGGAGAGUGCCACAGCACACGUGGACCUGCCCUGGAAGUGCCAUCAGUACCCUGUCCACCUCAAAAUGUUGAGUUAAGUUGGCUGUGUUCUUCAAAUGCUGCAUUUGUGCAGUGGAAUAAUGGUUCAGGGGCGGAGUCAUAUGUAGUGCAUGCCAUUAGCACAGAAGGCGACUUGACAGGAUGUGACACCACAAAUACUUCCUGUGUUGUGCCUUACCUCAUAUGUGGCUCCGAGUACACCGUCAGUGUGGUAGCCGUUGGCCACCACUGUAAUGUGUCCAAGAGUACAAUCACAGGACUGCAUUCAGUGCCAUGUGUACCUGACCAGCUGCAGGCAAACCUCAGCUGUGGAUCAGGUGUGGCUGAUGUCUCCUGGCAUCCUAGCAAAGGAGCCGUCUUUUACACUGCUGUCGCUCAGGGCUACGGGGGCUUUGCAUCAUCAUGUAACAGCAACAGCAGUACAUGCAAGUUCACUAAGCUACUGUGUGGACUCACCUACAGCAUCAGUGUGACUGCCUCAAACAAUGUGUGUACCAGUGAUAACAGUUAUAGCAUAUGGCUGGACACAGUUCCAUGUGAACCACAAGGAAUCAUUGCUAAAAUGGAGUGUGGAAGCCACACAGGUGUAGUGUCCUGGGAACCAGGAGAGAAAGGUGUGUCUUACCUGGUGCAAGCAUCCAGUCCAGAUGGACACCAAACAAAUUGUGAUAGUCCGGCCACCAGCUGCAGAUUACCCAACUUGUAUUGUGGUCAAGCCUACAACCUCACAGUCACCAGCCAGAACAGAGACUGUGACAGCCAAAGAGCCUUUUCAAAAUUACACUCUGUGCCCUGUGCCCCAACCAAUGUGCAGGCAUCUCUCAUAUGCCUGUCUAACUCUGCGGCUGUGACGUGGCAGAGUGCCUCAGGAGCGCUGUCCUACCAGGCUGAGGGCAUUACAGUAGAUGGAAACCAUACUGCCUACUGCAACAGCAGCGUGACCCACUGUAACCUGGAGCAUCUUCUUUGUGGACAGACCUACAAUGUGUCUGUGCUGUCUGCGGACAAUACGUGCCGCAGCGAGGAGCGUGCGUUUACACAAGUGAAGACUGCACUCUGUCCUCCUCAGACUGUUGAUGUUCGGGUGAACUGCUCUGCUGGUGUCAUAACUGUCACAUGGGAAGCCAAUCCGGAUCCAGAAUCGUUCCAUGUGAAGGCAGUGACCACUGAAGGAGUUGUCCUGUCCUGUGAAUCCACAGGCACUAGCUGUUCCAUCAGUAGCUUGCCAUGUGGCCGGUCAUAUUCCGUUACUGUGACAGCUGUCAGGGGCGGCUGUGAGAGUCAGCCCAGUACUGUUGUUAAAGCCUCCUCAGCUCCAUGUGUUCCUCUGGGAGAGACAGGAAACCUGGACUGUAUUACCAACUCAGCCUUGGUGUCAUGGUUAGAAGCAGAGGGAGCGGAGUCUUACUCUGUGCUGGCUGUGGAUGUGAGCGGAGAUAACUCCAGCUGCUCAACUACAGGACUGCACUGUAACGUCCCCAACCUGCGGUGUGGAGGCUUGUACACCUUCCAUGUCACUGCAGUGAACUCAUUCUGCAGAAGCAGACCCAGCAACACCUUCCAAAUUCAGACAGCUCCGUGUGCCUUCACAUCCAUCACUGCACACAUGGACUGUUACAGUAGCCAUAUAACAGUCGGCUGGCAGCUGAACGAAGGCGUUUCCAUCUACGUGGCCACAGCAGAAGGUCAGGACCUCGGCAUCCUGGAAUGCAACAGCACAGGCAAUUCCUGUGACCUCACUGGAGUACGGUGUGGAAUGGAGUACACUAUUAUAGUGUCCGCCUCCUCCGACAAAUGCAGCAGCCAGCGAAGUCCCCCUUACAAAAUUAACACAGCACCUUGUGUUCCUCAAAAUGUGUCUGUGAAGCCGGUUUGUGAAACAAAUGGCCUGCAGGCAUCAUGGUCCAACUCUCUGGUUGCCGAGUCAUACUUUCUCAUGGCCAGGGGUAGAGACGGGGACAUCCACACUUGCAGAAGCAUUGUGAACAACUGCACCCUGCCCCACCUGCACUGUGGACAGACUUAUAACGUUAGUGUAACAGCUUCAGCUGGAAACUGCACCAGCCUUGCCAGUCAGCAGAUUGCCUUCCACACGGUGCCCUGUGAACCUCAGAAUCUGAGUGUAGCGGUGCAGUGUGAUACCAGGACAGCAACACUCUCAUGGACAGAGAGUCAGGGAACACGACAGUACUUUACACAGGCUCAAACCAAGGAGGGGAACACACUUCACUGUGACACCACAAAUACUUCCUGUAGCAUCCGUGGAUUGACCUGUGGGACAGUGUAUAACUUCAGUGCACAGGCAACAGAUGGCACAUGCAACAGCUCCAUCAGUGUGCCAGUCCAGCAGGGCGCAGUCCCGUGUCCACCUGGUACUGUGAAAGUGAAGACUCAUCUUUUGGGUGAUGCCACUCUGAUCAGGGUUUCCUGGAGUUCUGUGGACUGUCCUAAUGUAACGUACCUGGUGCAGGUGAUUGGCCGUAUCCAGGACGACCCACAGUCUGUUUUGGACGUGUCAUCUUACUGGACAAAUAGAAAUUACUUUGAGUUCCCUGUGCCCUGUAGCACCUCCUACAAUCUGACAGUUCGAGCACAAAACUCAGCUGGAAUCAGCAAACCAUCUCCAGCCAUUACUGGUGUUACAGUUCCCUGUCCUCCACUAGAUGUCACCUACACGGGUGAUAACUCCUCAGCAACAGUGGCAUGGAAGUCCUCAGCUCUUACCACAGGAUACACCAUAUACCAGCUCUUCUCUGAGGGCAGAGUGGCUGUUUGCAGCACUACAAACCUCAACUGUCAGGCCUCUGGGCUGCAGGGCUCCAGUACUGGCGUGACAGCCAGGAACAGUGCAGGAGAGAGCAUUGCCUCUAUAGUGAUUACUGGCCAAACCUCCAACCGUCGAAGGAGAGACUUGAGAGCAGCUGAAAUAUUUGCAGGAAUGACCUCUGACCAGCUUUCAGUGCCUGAGGUGAAGGCUGCUAGUGUUGUGGGGCUGUCACUGCAGGUUGAGUGGUCUCCAGUAAUGGGGGCAAGUUACUACACACUGAUUGUGAGAGAGGACACGCUGUCUGGCACUAUGAAAGAGGUUCUGUCAGUCUAUGAUGAGAUUGCUACUGUUACUGACCUAAAACCUGCCACACGCUACUGUGUCGUCCUGUCUGCCAAAACCUCCAUCACUCAGAGUGCUUAUUCCCAACCUGUGUGUGUCACCACUGGAGUCUCUGAGUAAACUGGCUUCCUCCAGGAUGGACUUUAAAGCAAUGUAGAUAAACAACCAUUAGAUGCUGUUUAUAAAUCUGAACUAGAAUCUUCUCUUUCUAAUAUUACUUUUUUGAUCACUACUGGAUAAAACAAUCAGCAGAGAAUCUAAACAAUUACAAUGAAAAGCCUUGUGACUGAUCACCUCUUUAACUAAUCAUUUAUAAUGAAUAUAAUCAAAA